CUCACUGUUUGGAAUUGCUGAGGAUAAUCGUCUACAGUACGUUGAGCUUGUUAUUGUGGAUGGUUUUCUCCACAUCCCUAAAACGGUGUGCGAUGAAGGAGAGAAAAGGUGGAUGAAUAGCUCGAUGGGUCAAUUUUUGGGGAAGCCUCCGUCAUUAUGGGUGAUUCAUAGCUGGGAAAAUCGGUUCUAGGGAUGCGAUGGCCAGGUACAGGUCCCUUGGUUAUGUGAUCGUCUUGUUUAUUUUCAAUUACCCUGAAAGCUGCAUGCAAUUGGGUUUUCGAGGGGAGUCCUUGGCAUCUGCUUGACAAUAUGUUUUUCCUUCGACGUUGGGAGAUUGGGAUCCGAGCACUUGAACUUGAUAAUAAGGAACUGCCAAUCUGGGUUAAGUUGAUAGAUUUCCCUUUAGAACUGUUGUCUGAGGAUGGGUUGGGUAGAGUAGCAAGUCUAAUUGGCAAGCCACUUUGUAUGGAUCUGCUUACGCGCAAGGGAUUAAAUUUAGGGUAUGCUAAGAUUUGUGUUGAGGUUGAGGUUUCGGAAAGGAUGAUUGAUCAAGUUAGAUUUGAUGUGGGAGGAGGGAAGAUUUUCACCAUCAAGCUUGAAUAAUGCAUAUGCUUUCUCGCUGUAAGGAAUGUACGGUUUUUGGGCAUGAUUGUGCUAGCCCAACCGGAGAAGUGAGGAGAGUAUGGCGGAAGAAGGAUCUUCAUAUUGUUGAAGUUCCAACAAUGGUAGUUACAGAAACUGUGGAUGCCAACAAAGUCUUUUCCGAAGCCAUUUCGAUUUUUGGACAUGUGGUUGGAUCAUCCCUCUUAUUUGGAUCUUAUGAAGAAAGCUUGGGUCACUUUUGUAAGAGGAUCGAAGCUAAAUUGUCUAAGGAUGAAGCAAUUAUCUGCCAAGACAGAAUUGAAGAAAUUGAAUAAAGAAUGUUAUGCAGAUAUUAGUGGCAAGGUAAAAGAGGCUAAGAAGUUGCAUAAGCAAGCUCAAGUGGAGUCUCUUCGGAAUCCCUCUGAAAUUAACUUCACUAUGGAACAGACCUGAGCUAAAGAGCUUCACCAAUUGAAGAAAGCAUAGGAAAGCUUUUAUAAUUAGAAAUCAAGAGUGCAAUGGCUUUCUUUAGGUGAUUCUAAUACAGAAUUUUUUCAUUUGUCAAUUAAGGUGAGACAUGCUAGGAAAAUGAUUAAUCAACUGACUUUAGACUCUAGGGAAGUGCUUGACAACGCUAAGGACAUUGCUGGGGAGGCUGUUUCUUUUUAUAAAAAAAUUAUAUGGCAUUGUUAAUGCAAAGGUUCAUUCUGAUCCAGAUUUGUUGCAUGUUGGCUGCUUUAAUUGUCAAGAAGGUGUCUGUAGAUGAGGGAGCUGAGUUGUGUUCUCAUAUUACAACUGAUGAGAUAAGGGAUGCUCUUUUUUUAUGAAGCCAGAUAAGGCUCCACGCCCUAAUGGUUGGACCCAUAGGUUCUAUCAGAAGACUUGUAGUGUGGUUGGUGAGGACUUAGUAGCUGGUGUUUUGGAAUUCUUUGCCAAGGGAUCUCUUCCUAAAGGUUUGAACUCUGUUUCUCUCACUUUAGUACCUAUGGUUCAAAAUGCCUAUAAAAUGACUGAAUACAGACCAAUAGCUUGUAUUAAUAUGUCAUACAAGGUCAUUUCAAAAAUACUAGCUAAUAUAUUACAAUCAGUUCUCCCUUGUCUCAUAAGUAGGAAUCAGUCAUCUUUGAUAAAAGGAAGAAACAUCACUGAAAACAUCCUGAUGGCACAAGAAAUAGUCUCUAAAUAUAGACACAAGAAUAUUAGUUCUUGAUGUGCAGUCAAAGUAGAUCUUAUGAAAGCUUUUGACUUAGUGCAUUGGGUAUUUUUAUUCCAACUCAUGGAAACAAUGCAGUUUCCUCAGCUCUUCAUCAACUAGAUCAAAACUUGCUUGCCAUAUGCUUUCUUCAGUGUAUGUAUAAAUGGGGGUUUGUGGAUUUUUUCCAGCUUGUAAAGGGGUGCGACAGGGUGCCCCACUGUCUUCUUACCUCUUUACUUUCAUCAUUGAAGUUCUCUCUCUCAUGCUGAAUAUGUUGCUCUCAUUAAUCAGUUACCAUUUCAUAUACAAUGCAAACCUAUAGGUUUAACGCACCUAUGCUUUGCGUACGUCUUGUUAAUAUUUUCAGAAGGAUCGGGAUGGGCUCUUUUGGCAUUAGGCGUGUGCUAUAUAAGUUUUACUCAAUUUCAGGGCAUAAGUGCAACCUAGACAAGUGUGCAGUUUAUUUUGGAGGUACCCCUAGAGCAGCCAGAGACAUUGCUUUGGCCUUAACUGAUUUUCAGGAAGGAUUGCUCCAUGUUCGAUACUUAGGGCUUCCCUUAGUGGCUGGAAAGCUUUCUGUGAGAGAAUGUGACAUGUUAAUUGAUAAAAUAGUUGGUAAAAUUCGCACAUUGAGAUCUAUUAAGCUCACUUAUCCUGGAAGACUUGAACUUAUUAUAUCAGUUAUCUAUCCAGUGUUUCAGUAUUGGCUGGGAAUCUUCAUUUUGCCCAAGAGUGAAACUAAACAAGUUCAAAAGCUUUGCUACGACUUUCUAUAUGUGGCAUGACAAUGAAUUAGGCCGGGCUAAAGUGGCUUGGAAUCUGCUUAUCAUCCCCAAGAGGGAAGGUGGAUUGGGACUUAAGGACCUUACUGUUUGGAAAGUUGCUUCUGCAAGGAAGUUGAUUUGUCUUCUCUCAAUGCAAGGUGGGUCUUUUUGGGUAGCGUGGGCUUCCAAAUACAAACUUAAAGGGAGACGAUUCUGGGAUUUAAAAGAAACUCAGAAUGACUCUUGGAUCUAGAAGAAGUUGGUUAGACUCCCACCUUGGUUUUACUAUAGAUUGACCAAAGAGGCAUAGGUAGAAGUAUCUUGGGAGGGCAUGAUUAUGGUGAAGUACAAAAUUACAGUGGUUUAGAAUUUUUUUGCGAAGUAAGAAGCCUACUGUUCCUUCGUGGAGGCUAUUGUGGGCAAAGUUUUAUUCCUCGUAAUCGAUUCCUUGCGUGGCUUCUAAUUAAGGAUAGGAUUGUAACUUGAGGAAAAUUAAUAGAGUGGGGGAAAAGUGUAAAUCCUAGUUGUGUGCUCUACUCUAGGGGGGUCUGUAUAUAGAAGUCAUUUCUUCUUUGAUUGUGAGUUUACGAGGGAAGUGGCGAUUGUGGUUGAUAGACCAUUGAUUGCACAUGUUUUUACCCCUAUUCUUGAGCCGUUUGAGAUGUUGAUUCUCGUGUUUAAAGCCGAUUUCACGCUAGGUUGUGUGUUUAUGUCAUAUUUCAGGGUUUAGCGUUGGCAUCGAGGCGAAGAAACGAGUUUCGGGUCGAAAGGAGCACGUUUGGGUUGAAGUGCGCUGGAGGAGCAAAAUACCCGGCCAUGAGCAAAAAUAUCCGGCCGGGUAUUAAUCGGAGCAGCCUGGGGAAAACCUGUUUUGGGCGUUUCUGCAAGGGGGAGCAGGGUUUUGGAUCCCAAACACCCAAGGGACGGACCAAAGAGAGAGAGAGAGGGCGAUUUGAGGGCAUUCUUGGAGUGGAACUAGAGGAUUUCUUCGCCUUGGAAGCUCGAGGAACAAGCCCGGACUUGAAGACUGGUCAUCUGAAGAUUCUUACUGCAGUCUCUCUCUUCUCUAUGGAGUAACUUCCCUUCACUUAGGUUUUGAGGAACCCUAGCUAUGUUUGUUUGAUUGGAUGAUUGUAUGAGUACCCCUACUUGAUAAUCUUGAGUUCAUAUUCAAUGUAUGCACGUUUUCAUGAUUCAAUUAUGUUUUUGUCGAGAUUAUUGAUUCUGCUUUGAUCCUAUGAGAGCGAAUACCUGAUUAGGUCAAUAGAGCACCAUAGAUUGAUAGUAUUGGAUUGAUUGCUUUAGUCAAGGGUUGAUUCACUGCUUUGUAUCGAUUGAGAACCUUUGUCGAUAGAGGGAUUCUAGUUCAGAAUGCCUUGAUCGGUUGUUCUAGAGAAGGAUACGUCUCUCUAUGCAAUUGACUCAAGAGGAACUUGUUCCUUUAGUCAAGACUCAAGGUCUAGUCAAGGAUUCUCCGCAUUGUGAAUGAAAGUGAAACAGGUUA